GGAAUUGCAACUGCAGAUACAAGAAUUGGAAAAUCUAGAUAAACUUAAGAUGAGAUUAUCACAUGAAAGAGAACAAUGUAGGAUCAUUGUUGAAGAAACAAAUGAACAGAAAAUGCCUUGGAAAAGAUGGCUGUUGACCUAGACAUGCAAAAGAUAGACAUAGCAAAAACCAAAGCAGUUCUAGAACAAGAGAAAAGUGAUCUCGAAAUAAACAAGAUGCAUUUGGAGGAAAGAGAGAAGGAAUUGCAACUGCAGAUACAAGAAAUGGGAAAUACUGUCAGGAACAAGAUGAAGAAAGAGAGAGAAGAACUUGAUCAGUCAAAGAAAGAUAUUAACUUGCAGAAAAAAGAUCUUGAAGAGCAAAGGUCUAUAAACAACAAUCUGAAAAAUGAACUAGAAGAAAUGCAGGUGAAGCUGAACGUGGAACAAGAAGCCAUCGCUUUUGAAAAGAAAGAGAUACAGAAUGAAAAGAACAAGUUUGACCAAGAGAAAAAUGAUCUUGAAAAGAAAAAGUUGGAUUUGGAAGGAAGAGAGAUGGAAUUUCAAUUGAAAAUCAGAAGUCAGUUGGAAAAGAAGAAAGUGACAAACUGGCAAUGGGAACAGCGAAACACCUUGGGAAAAGAAAGGAGUAAAAUCAACCAACAAAUAGAUGAGAUUGAAAAUGAGAGAGAAAAGCUACUAAAGAGUUGGAAAGAACUUGACAAUCUUAAAGAACAGAUAGAAAGAGAGAAGAAUGAAAUAGAAGAAUUGAAAACCAAUGUGUUAAAAGACAAACUGCUUCUUGAGCAAAAAGAAACAGAAAUUAAUGAACAAAACCAAAUUUUGGGUCAACGUUUGAAUGAAAUAGAAAGCGAUAGAACACGUCUGGAAGAUAUGAAUUUGAAACUUGAUUUGCAGAAGCAUGAUAUUGAGGAAACCAAAGCCAUUCUCGAGAAAGAGAAAAAUGAUCUCGAAAAGAACAAGAUGAAUUUGAAGGGAAGAGAGAUGGAAUUGCAACUGCAGAUACAAGAAUUGGAAAAUCUAGAUAAACUUAAGAUGAGAUUAUCACAUGAAAGAGAACAAUGUAGGAUCAUUGUUGAAGAAACAAAUGAACAGAAAAUGCCUUGGAAAAGAUGGCUGAACAAGAUGAAGAAAGAGAGAGAAGAACUUGAUCAGUCAAAGAAAGAUAUUAACUUGCAGAAAAAAGAUCUUGAAGAGCAAAGGUCUAUAAACAACAAUCUGAAAAAUGAACUAGAAGAAAUGCAGGUGAAGCUGAACGUGGAACAAGAAGCCAUGGCUUUUGAAAAGAAAGAGAUACAGAAUGAAAAGAACAAGUUUGACCAAGAGAAAAAUGAUCUUGAAAAGAAAAAGUUGGAUUUGGAAGGAAGAGAGAUGGAAUUUCAAUUGAAAAUCAGAAGUCAGUUGGAAAAGAAGAAAGAACAAGAUGAAGAAAGAGAGAGAAGAACUGAUCAGUCAAAGAAAGAUAUUAACUUGCAGAAAAAAGAUCUUGAAGAGCAAAGGUCUAUAAACAACAAUCUGAAAAAUGAACUAGAAGAAAUGCAGGUGAAGCUGAACGUGGAACAAGAAGCCAUGGCUUUUGAAAAGAAAGAGAUACAGAAUGAAAAGAACAAGUUUGACCAAGAGAAAAUGAUCUUGAAAAGAAAAGUUGGAUUUGGAAGGAAGAGAGAUGGAAUUUCAAUUGAAAAUCAGAAGUCAGUUGGAAAAAGAAGAAAGUGACAAACUGGCAAUGGAAGAACAGCGAA